AUGUCAACCUUUGGCACACUCUUCCGCGUAACCACCUAUGGGGAGAGCCAUUGCGCCUCGGUAGGCGCGAUCAUCGACGGCUGUCCUCCUGGCCUUUCGCUAUCGCCCGUGGACAUCCAGGUUCAGUUGAGUCGUCGUAGGCCCGGUCAGAGCAACCUAACCACUCCUCGCGACGAGAAGGAUCUUGUACAUCUUCAGUCUGGCAUUGAGCAUGGUGUCACUCUAGGCACUCCCAUCGGGCUCCUUGUCAAAAACGAGGACCAGCGCCCGAAGGACUAUUCCGAGACAGAUCUCUACCCUCGUCCCAGCCAUGCAGAUUACACCUACCUAGAAAAGUACGGCGUGAAGGCUAGCAGCGGUGGAGGUCGGAGCAGUGCCCGUGAGACCAUCGGCCGAGUCGCCGCAGGUGCAAUCGCGGAGAUAUACCUCAAACAGGCGCUUGGUAUCGAGAUCGUUGCAUUUGUUUCAUCCGUUGGGAAAGUGCACCUGCCAUCCUCCGUUUCAUCUUCCAACUUGAACGAAGAAGACGACGAUGUUGAAGACUCUCUGUCUCCUGAAUUCCGCAAAUUACUCGCAACCGUCACCCGGGAGGAGGUUGAUAAGUUUCCUACUCGCUGCCCUCAUGCUGAAACAUCAGAACGUAUGAUCAAGCGCAUUAUUCGCGCUAAAGAUGCUUCCGAUUCCAUCGGCGGUACCGUGACUUGCGUGAUUCGCAACGUUCCGGCUGGCCUCGGAGAGCCAGUUUUCGACAAGUUUGAAGCAAAGCUUGCACACGCUAUGCUAUCUAUCCCUGCUACCAAGGCCUUUGAAAUAGGGUCAGGUUUCCGUGGCACUGAGGUGCCUGGGAGCAAGCACAAUGACCCUUUCGUCAAGAAGGAAAAUGGUCGGUUGGGCACGGCGACGAACUGGAGUGGCGGUGUGCAGGGCGGUAUCACAAAUGGGGAAGACAUCUACUUCAGGAUUGGAUUCAAGUCUCCUGCUACGAUUUCACAAGAGCAAGAGACUGCACAAUACGACGGAACGCCUGGGUCCUUGGCGGCCCGUGGGCGCCACGACCCUUGCGUUGUUCCUCGUGCUGUGCCCAUCGUUGAGGCGAUGGCCGCACUCGUUGUCAUAGAUGAGCUGUUGAUCCAGAACUCCCGACAGAGGGCAGCAUCGUUGCUUCCUCGUGUCACAACGCUGCCGCCGACCAUGGUCCUUCCCAAAUGA